AUGGAGCUGACGGAGGCCGAUAUCGCGGAUGACGUGCCCAACAGCUCCCGACAGCUCAGCAGUUGGCUGCGGCGCACGCGGCAGAACAAGAUCCGCAAGGUGGUACGAGAGGUGUACCUGCGGGAUGACAUCAGCCCCGAAGCCUUCGAGGGGGCGGAUCAAGUUUUAAUCCUCGACACCAACAUCGUGUUGCAUCAGAUCGAUCUGAUCGCAGAAGAUGAGUGUGUGAACCACGUGGUGGUGCCCUACACCGUUCUGCAAGAGGUGAGACAUCGCAACAUGGGAAUCUACUCCCGGCUGCGGGCCCUUUGUCGCGUGGAGACAGGCGAUGCUCGAGAGGAUCAGGUGGCCGAGGAGGAGUUGAACGAAGAACCUGCGCCCGCGGGCAAUGCGAAGCGGGGCAGUGGAGACCGAGAAAAGGCUCGGGACAUGGCUUCAGCCCGCAAUGCCCGGAAGUUCUACGUCUUCCCGAAUGAAUUCUUUCGUGAGACCUACGUUGAGCGGCUCCCCCAGGAGUCGCAGAACGAUCGGAACGACCGGGCCAUUCGGCGGGUGGCCCAUUGGUACCGGCGCCAUAUCGUGGGUCCUGAAGUGGUGCUUUUGACGGACGACAAGGCGUGCCAGGGCAAGGCCACCUCAGAUGGGCUCUUGGCGCUGCGGGCCGCGGAGUUUGUGGCGAAGAUGCGGAAGAAGUUUCCAGAGGCCGGCGAGAAACUGGCGCUGAGGGAUGAGGAAGAGGAUGGAGAGCCUGAGAAGUCCACCCCCAGCGCCACGCCCCGGUCCCAUCCCCAGAAGCGGAAGAGUUUCGUCAGCGCGACGGAUGGAUCGGUGUAUCCAGCUCAUUUGAAAGGAAGUGAGGUGGAACAAGGUCUGAAAGAGAGGAGACUUUUUCAGGGUAUGUUGAGAAUGCACAUGAAUACCUGCAUGCACGGUUCGGUGACCUGUGCUGGGACUGAGGAGAUUGAGGUUUCAGGGCGCUUGGCUCUCAACAGGGCCAUCGAUGGUGACAUCGUGGUGGUGGAGAAGUUGGAGGACGCGGAGGCCCUGGAGCGUGCCGACAAACGCCUGCGCCGCGAGCUGCCGGACCCGGACUUCGGGAAGAGCGACGCGCAGCCCUCCACCACGGAUACCAUCAAGGAGAAUGCCACUGCGACCACGGCGGGGGAUCGCCCCAAGGGUCGCGUGGUGGGGAUUUUGAAGCGCAACUGGCGCGAGUACUGCGGGAGCCUGAGACCGUUGCAGGCUGAGAGGCAGCGUGAAUCGGGUCCCGGAGUCUACAACAAGUCAGAUCGGGUCUUCAUCCCUACGGAUUCCAGAUUGCCAAAUAUCAUGAUCCAAACACGGCACUCCACCAACCUGGAGAAUAAGCGCAUCGUGGUUGUUUUGGAUGGCUGGGAUCGAUUCAGUCACUACCCUUCUGGACAUUGGACCAAAAUCCUGGGUGACGUUGGAGAUCGGAAUGUGGAAAGCAUGGUCAUUCUCCAUGAGCACGGCGUCAUCACGCGCGAGUUCAGCGAGUCGGUCUACCGCUGCCUGCCCCCGGCGCACUGGCAGCCCGGGCCGGCGGAUCUGAAGGGUCGAACCGACCUGCGGGACAUUUGCAUUUGCUCGGUGGACCCUCCGGGAUGCAAAGAUAUCGACGAUGCGGUCUCCUGUGAGCCACUGCCCAAUGGCAACUUUCGAGUCGGCGUCCACAUCGCAGAUGUGACCCACUUCGUCCACCCUGACACCGCCAUCGACCGUGAGGCUGCAGAACGCUGCACCACGGUUUACCUGGUGGAGCGACGAACUGACAUGCUUCCAGGUCUGUUGACCACCGACAUUUGUUCCCUCCGCGGCAAGGUGGAACGCUUGACCUUCACCGUGCUCUGGGAAAUGACGCCCGAAGCAGAGGUGGUGGACACGAGCUUCUGCAAGGCCAUCAUCAAAUCGCGGGAGGCCUUGUCCUACGGCGAGGCGCAGGCGAGGAUCGAUGAUCCCAAGGACAACUCCGAAAUCACCACAUGUCUGAGGAAUCUGCUGAAGUUGACGCGGCAGAUCCGCGCGCGGCGCGUGGACAACGGCGCCCUGGAGCUGGCUUCGCAGGAGGUCCGCUUCGAGUUGGACAGUGAGACGCAAGAUCCCACGGAUGUGGCGGAGUAUCAACAGCGCGAGACCAAUAAACUCAUUGAGGUCAGCUGGAAGAGGCCCAUGGCCCAAGCAGAAACCGCGCUGCUUCGAGCCAUGGAGAGACUGCACGGGAUCUUGCGGGACAGGGGCUACAUCAACAUCAACGCGCUGCUCUUUGACGACUACGAGCUGUUGGAUGUCUAUGGCCCCAUGGAACUCCUCGCUGGCUGUACGGUGAUGCCAAUUCGCGAGUCGAAAGGCAAGCUUCGGAUCACAUUUCUGUCGGCAACAGAGAGCAAGACGGCGAAACCCAGGGAUGGUGUGCUCACCAUGACCGAUGCUUCACUGGCUGAUGCUUCUCCUGCUGAUGUUCUCUUUGUGCCUGGUGGUUUGGGAACUCGCGCCUUGCAACACGACGCAGCCUUCAUCUCCCGCUUGGGGGAGCUGGCGCGCAGUGCCUGCGUGGUGCUGACGGUGUGCACCGGAUCGCUACUGCUGGCAGCUACGAAGCUGUUGGACGGGCUGAAGGCGACGACCAACAAGGGGGCCUUUGAUGAGAUUGCCUCGCAGUACCCAAGUGUACAAUGGCAGCGCUCGGCCAGAUGGUGCGUGGAUGGAAAGUUUUAUACUUCAUCAGGCGUGGCCGCAGGGACCGAUUUGGCGCAUUUCUUUCUGCGGGAGCUCUUCGGGACCAAGGUAGCGAAGAUGGCGUCGACCUUCGCAGAGUAUCAGUACUCGGAAGACCCGGAGAACGAUCCCUUUGCGGCGCCGCAGAAAUCUUUUGCCCUGAAGAACGCAACGGGGAAGACCCUGCGGUUGGUCUUCGUGGCAUAUGAUCAGUUUGAGAUGUUGGACAGUUUCGGGCCGCUGGAGAUGUUCGCCGUGGCCAAUCGCCUGUUGGUACGCCAGGGGGAACGGCCCUGCUUCGAAGUGAUGAGUCUGGCGGAGGAUGCGGUGACGAAAUCCUUUGGUGGACCAUACUUCCGGAUGGAUCAGACUCUGUCCUCUGUUGCAACUUCUUCGGAGAAGAUCGAUUUGCUCCUGCUACCUGGAGGGAUUGGAACCAUCCGAGAGAUCCACAAUCCCGUCUUUCGAGAAGCCAUUGGAAAGUUAGUGAGUCGCUCUGAGCGUGUCAUGACCGUGUGCACUGGCAGCGCCAUCGUGGCGUCCUGUGGGCUGUUGGAUGGGCGCAAAGCCACGACCAACAAACUCGCCUUUGAUCUGAUGUCGCUCUACGGCCCCAAAGUUCACUGGAUCCCCAGCGCUCGCUGGGUGGCAGAUGGGCCGUUCUACACCUCCAGCGGCGUGUCCGCGGGCACCGAUCUAUCCCUGGUGCUUCUCCGUGAGAUGUUUGGCAGCGAUUUGGCCGAUGCCACGGCCAGGCAGGCGGAGUACCAAUGGGACCUGGCCGAUGAUGGGACAUCGGAUCCCUUCAGCCAUACCAUUCCGAAGCAAACUUGGGGUCAGGUCAUCUUUACGCGAGUGCAGAAGGCGGUGGCCAGCUUCGUGUUCUGCUUCGGCUUCGCCUUGGGCUACAAGAUGCAAAUCACGCGGUAUUGUUGCACCCCUUUGUUGGUUGGACACUUGCGUGCUAGAAUUCUAGGUGACAUCGAUUUCAGACGAGCAGGCUAUACCCCCUUUGCUGGUGGGACACCUGCGCGGCAGAUCUAUGGUGACAUCGAUUUCAGACGAGAGCUGAUGUUGCUGGCGAAUCAGGCUGUGGCGACGAAGAUCCUCAACACCUUUCCGAUGUUCGGAGUCCUGCGGAGACAUCCACCCCCGAAGGAUGAGCAGCUGAAGUCCCUUCAGAAUCUCCUUGCGAAGCACGGUCUCAAUGAUUUCAAGUUUGGGAACAACAAGGAAUUGUCGGAAUCCUUGCAGAAAGCCGUGAAGGCCGAGGAUCCUUUCUUCAACACCUUGGUACGGAUCAUGACAACGAGGUGCAUGAAUCAGGCGGUCUAUUUCUGCACGGGGGAAUUACAGCCUGCGCUUUAUGCGCAUUAUGGGCUUGCCAUGGAGCGUUACACCCAUUUCACUUCGCCCAUCCGUCGCUACGCGGACGUCCUGGUGCACCGCUUGCUGGCGGCGGCCCUGGGCAUCGCCACGUUGCCGGAGCAGCUCCAGUCCAAGGCGACCAUCGCUGAGCAGUGCGAGAAAAUUAACGUGAAGCAUCGGAGUUCGCAGUUUGCCAGCAGAGCCUCAGCAGAUCUUCAUACCUUCAUGUUCUUCAACAAGAAGGGUCAACAAUCUGCGGAAGCCGUGGUGACUCGCAUCCGACGUUCAGGGAUGCAGGUCAACGUUCCUCGCUAUGGCAUUGAGGGUGUGGUCGCGAUGCCUGAGGAGGACUGGGAAGUGCGAGAAGAGGAGCAGUACAUCCAGAGCAAAAAGGAGGCGGGGCGCAUUGAAAUUUUCGCCCACAUCAUGGUUUCGAUCGAAGCAGACAACUCAGACUUCAGGAAUCGCACCAACAUCCGCUUUGAACGUCUCAUCAAGGAUGGUGAGCGUGAGAAGUACAAAGAGGUGGAGGAGUCACGAAAGCAGGUCCAGAAGGAGCUGCGGGAGAUGGGCGAGUUGGAACAGGGCUUUUUGAAAAUUCCUCAGGAGAUGUUCCCCGACCUGUGCCUCGGACGAGGGCUGGGCGCUGGAGCGGGAAGCCAAUUGAAGAUCGCGGCUGAGCGCCGCGCUGCGCUGGAAAAAGAUGCCCACGAGCGGCAACUGCCUGGUGAACGCCAGAGUUUUGCCGAAGAUGAAGAACUCUUGGCACGCCUGGGUGACUUGUGCUGGCGCUCAGUGUGGAAAGAAGGCAAGCAGAUGGUUUGCGGGAAUUUUUAUCUGGCGGUGUUGGAGCACCAUCUGGCUCGCUUGGCGGGCUUCGCCGCUGAAGGUGCUGGAGAUGGCAGCAUGAGGUUGCAGAAAGAAGCUCCUGCGCCACAAGUGGUUGCAGCACACGAGGAAGCUGCAGCAGCGUGCUUGAAGCUGGCUCGAAACUUGGCGGUGGGCAACCCGGAGAUCCAGGGCCGCUGGUGGCGCCGCGGCUUGGUAGAACGCCUGGCGGUGCAGGCCAGGUGCGAUCUGGCAGCGCCCAGCGGUGAGCGGUCUGCAGCGUGGUGUGAGGCGGUGCCUAGUUUUAUGGCGAACGUCCUGGCGAACAACCCGGAGUUGAGGGCUGAGGCGCUGGAAGCCUUGUGGCCCCAUGGCCUUUGUGCUGUGCUGGCGAUGUGUUGGCGGCGUCCCGACCAUGGCUUCCUGCUGCUGCAGAACCUCUUCUCCGGAGGUCAUCGACGCUUGGGCCAAGAUGGCUGUGUGCUGGGGCCCCGGCCUUCAACUGCAGGGGUUGACCCCUUCACCCACGCCUUCCGUUGCGUUCCACGGGGCCUUCAUCGAAACGGGGCCAUGGCUGCUGCGGCCUGGCCAUUCGGCCGCUGGCAGCGCCUGGCAUCGUUGCUCCCGAGCGGCUGGUUGAAACUCUGCGGUCUCGGAGUGCUGCUGAGUUUCUGCUGGCGCUGGCGGAUCUGGCGGCGGGUCUUGAAGCUGAGAUGGCGCCUGAGUCGCGCUUCACGGCCCUCCGCCAUUGUUGCGCAGCAUGCGCAGCGUGACCCGGAGAUGGUGACGUUGGAGUCGGGUGACAUCGACCCGACAACAGUGGCAGUGCCGCCUGCCACGGCUUCAAGGGGCAUGGAGCUGCGACCGCCGACCGUGUCGUCGGUGUCGCCCUCGCCACCGCCCGCCCCGGCGCCGGCGCCGCCGGCGUCGGACGUGGCGGCCGCGGUGAAGGCGGCGCCGCGGCCCAGGGCCGAAUCGGGAUUGGCGCGGGGGUUCUUCAACAAGCCGGCCAAGAAGGCGAAGAAAACCCCUGAGCCGCCGGCGACGGCCGAAACCGUGAAGCCUUCCACUGCGGAAACGCUGGAAGCACGUCAGGCGGCGGCCAAGGAUGCUGUCUUACGCGAACAGGAGGCUGGCGUUCGCUUCUUCCACAGCUGCGCAUUCCGCGAAGCGAAAACGAGCUUCGACUGCAUGCGGCGUUUGGCUUCGGACGCCCAGCUGGGCAAGGAGGAGGGGCAAGCGUAUCGCUUACUGGCCAAUUGCCUAGACAAGCUGAAUGCGCCGGAAGAGGAGAUUGAUGCUGCCUACAAGCAGGCCAUGAAACUGGCACAUCAGCACGACGACAUGCAGUUGUCCUUCAACGUGCUAACGGGUAUGGGCUCCCACGAGGUGAAACAGGAGCACCUUGAUGAAGCGGAACAUUUGUAUUUCCAGUCCUUGAUGUUGGCCAAGCGGGUCUUGUCCCCUCACGAAGAAGCCAUCGCCGAAGGCAAUUUGGGCAUGUGCCUUGGACAGAUGGAAGGACGACGUGCCGAAUCCCUGGAGCACUUCCGCAAGGCCCUGAAGCUGCAGGAUGGGAGUAACACCCACAGCACUGUGACCCUUCUAGCCAACUACGCCUCGGCACUCUGUGCAGAUGACAGGUAUGAGGAGGCUCAGAAGGAGUAUGAGGAGGCGCUGACCUUGGCGCGAAAGAUUGGGGACCGACGUGUGGAGGUGAAUAUCCUGACGAACUUGGCCAAUCUCUGCGAACACGUCCUGUCGCUCCCGGAGAAAGCGUCCCUCUAUCGGAAGGCGCUGAAAGGACAUGGACUGGCGGACGGUGACGCUGGCGUCGCCGCGGCGGAUCUUUGCGCCAUUUGCUUGGAGAACUUGGAAGAUGGUCGGCCACAGAUUGUCUUGGGAUGUAACCACAUCUACCACAGCGAGUGCUUCGAAGGUGUGCUUAGCAGUGAGUCGGAGAGUCGCAGCAAAUGCCCGCAGUGCCGCAACUCGCACUCACGCUUUGCAGCAGCUUAG